AUGAAAGUGGGGCUGCUAUUAAACCACAUCGGCGAGCCGUGUUUGGAAAUUUACUCGAAUUUCACCUACCUACCUGAGCGUGACGACCCCGCGGGAGGAGAAGAGAAACUUCCAGCCGAAGACUCCGACAACUACGCGACCGUUGUGGCAAAGUUUGAUGAAUACUUUCAAAAACGGGACCCUCAACUCAUGCUGCGAGAGAAAUUUUGGCUUCACCUUAAACGAGAGCCCACACAGACCUUUGAUUCGUGGGUGGUGACUGUCAAGGAAAGAGCCGCCGAGUGCAAGUUCCCAGCCGAUUUCUAUGAGCAAGCA